AUGGCGGAGGUACGGCAGGAGGUGGAGCUCGAGGAACGUGAGCGCGAAGAGCGCAAGCGCAGAGGCAAUAGGGCUGCUACCGCUGCUAGGCAGCAUGGCAGCAACUCAGGUGAACAACCCGCGCCUGCUGAUAAGCAGAGAGGCGGGCAACAGCAACAGAUACCCGCGCCUGCUGAAAAGCAGAGAGGCGGGCAACAGCAACAGAGACCCGCGCCUGCUGUAAAGCAGAGAGGCGGGCAACAGCAGCAGAGACCCGCGCCCGCCUAUUGGCGGAGAGGCGGGGAACCCAUAGGUAACCCAUCAGCUACUUCCACAGGUCCAGCAAAGCGAACCAGCGUACAGGUUACACCACCGGAGCCACCGACCCCCAAGCGACAGCGGGGGCCUACACCCCCUCCGACAGAGUCUAGUGGCCUGGAAGGGUCUGCGGGCCAAG